AUGGUCAUGGCUAUUUUCAAAAAUAAUGAGAGAAAUCUCAAGCAUAUUGAGUAUUUUCAGAAUGGUAACACAACCAGAGUCAGGCCCAGAUAUGUUGUAGGACAAGAAAUCAAAGCCAACUCUCUUCAAUCUCUGAUUAAGUACGAAGCCUACGUGCUAGGAAGGCUGAUGAACGGCACAACUUCCAAGUGGAAGGGAACUCCGAUCACAGAAGGCGAGACUGUGACACCGAUGCUGAUAAGAAUAGUGGUGGUAGGUGAGAACGAAUUGUCUCCACUACUAGUCAAAGGGGAAACGGAAGUUCGAGUGGCAGAGAUCGUAGUGUUGGAGAAAGGGGGAUUGCUCGUGGUGAUGGCUGUGGGGGAUGGAGAGAGCCCAUCCUUCAACGUGUCCGAUAAAGUUGUGGUUGUUGUGCCACUGCUCCUCAGAUCACUGCUCUUCGAACCACUAAGAGCCAUUACAGAGGACGGACUGGCUGUAGGACUGGUGGUUGAAGUUGAGCUAAUGGAAGUCAUUCCACUUGUCGUCAAGAGUGUGCUGGUCAACGUCAGACUAGAUGCAGGCGGGCUAAUCGCCCUACUGUCGGCACUGAUGGGGCUAUCAGUGGGCGUUGCGAUGCUGUUUCUUAACGAAGAGGAAGUUGUAGAAGAUGACGUGGAGGAGAAGCUUGAAGACGAUGUCGAGGAUGGAGAAUCAAAGGACGAUGACGUUGAUGAGAAGGUCGAAGAUGGUAUUGAGAAAGGGAAGUCGGAGGAUAACGAUGACGUGGAGGGGAUGUUCGAAGACAAUACCGAGGAAGAAGGAUCCGAGGAUGACGAUGACGUGGAGGGGAAGGUUGAAGAUGAUGUCGAGGAAGAAGGAUCCGAGGCCGAAGAUGCCGUCGAGGAAGAAGAAUUUGAGGUCGCUGAUGAUAUGGAUGAGGAGGUUGAAGAUGUUGCUGUGGAGGAAGUCGAAGAGCUUGCAGACGUGAAAGUUGUGCCAAACGAUGCCUGAGAGGUUGUUGUGACGAUCGGAGAGGAUGCAGAAGACGUCGUAGAGGUUGGCAAUGCACUAGAUGAGGUGCUACUCGCAAUCGUUGCCGUCCUCACUGUUGUAGUGGCAUAGACAUUGUAUACCGGGGCUCCGUUGUAAUAUCCACCACAACUGAGAGGGAGAGACCCAGUUGGCAAUGGCACUGUUUCCCCACAUCUGAUGGUGCAAAGUGCAUAGUUGGGUGGAGGAUUAGCGGCAAACUCGAUCUUGGUGAUACCGUCUUUGGAGCAGUAGCACUUCGUAUUGAACAAG